AUGCGCUGGCCUGGAUCGGGCUCGUCCGACGAUUCCAGGCGCCCUGUCUCAAAAUGGAACGAGAACCUCAAUGCCAUUGAUUGGCAGCACUACACUGAGCCGCGCCAAGUCAUUCCGACCCUCUUACUGACUGCGACAACCCUCUUCUUCGUCCGCGUCUACAAGUCCUACCUGCGCCGCAUACCGAGUGUGAACCACAUAAAACCCGCCUUCUUCCGCGAGCGCAGCCUCUUUGGCACUGUGACAAGGGUCGGCGAUGCAGACAACUUCCAUCUCUUCCAUACCCCGGGCGGAAGAAUUGAUGUCGAAGACUGUAUGAAGCCCAGUCUCGCUUUCGACGGCUCUGACGUGAAAAACCAGAUCCACAUCCGCAUCGCUGGCAUCGACGCCCCCGAAAUGGCGCACUUUGGACGCCCUGCUCAACCCUACUCUCAAGAGGCGUACGACUGGCUCAAGAACUAUAUACUUAAUCGACGCGUGCGUGCAUACAUCUAUCGCCGCGAUCAGUAUGACCGCGUAGUGGCAUCCGUCUUCGUUCGUCACGGGCUUUUUAGCAGAGACGUCGGGCUGGAGAUGUUAAAGUCUGGUCUGGCUACUGUAUACGAGGCCAAGACAGGUUCAGAAUUCGGGGAUCUCGAGCAAAAGUACAGAGAUGCCGAAGCAAAGGCAAAGGAAGGGGGGGUCGGGAUGUGGACGCAGCCUUCGGUGCUGGGACGCUUCUUCAGCAAGCCGAAGGAGAAGCUGGAGAGCCCGCGCGAGUACAAAGACAGGAUGAAAGCGGAGGAGGCGAAGCAGGCGCAGCUGAAAGAGGCCAAAGGGAAGCGUCAGGGCAGGAAGUAG